AGAGAUAGAAUAGAAUGUAAGAAACAUAAUUGUCAAAGACGUGUCCAAAACUUGGCUGGCACGAUCCAGAAUUCACAAGUCCAGUCGAACUUUCUAGACGAUCUUACAGAAUUCAUUCCCGGCUACAUAUAAAAAGGUCUCAUAAAAUAUUGCUUCCGGUGGAUUUACAGGAUCUUUUGAUUAAAGUCAAAGGCAAAUAAUAUCUUCAGUUUUGAAGACUUCCAGAUCGAAGACUUCUUGCUUGGCUGCUCCAUAUUCAUCUAAAGGUAUUUUGUUCAUGAUGUCAUUUGGAUUGUGCUUCUGACAGCCCUAUCAGUCAACUUGCAGUAUUUUUCACACUCCUGAAAUACGAAGAUCUAUUGAAGCGAUUAAGAUGGCAGAGGAAGGACAAAAGGUCCUAUUAAAUGUAUAUGACUUAAGCCAAGGACUAGCUCGCCAGAUGUCUGCUGCAUUCUUAGGAAAAACAAUCGAAGGCAUAUGGCACACUGGAGUAGUUGUUUAUGGUAAUGAGUAUUAUUUCGGAGGUGGGAUCCAACAAGCUCCUGUGGGUAGUACACCAUAUGGAACUCCAUUGAAAGUUGUAGACCUUGGAUCGACGCAUCUUCCGAAGGACGUUUUUGAAACAUAUUUGCAGGAGAUUAGCCCCCGCUACACUGCAGAAACCUACAGUUUGCUGACCCAUAACUGCAAUAAUUUCAGCAAUGAGGUUGUUCAGUUUUUAGUAGGCGCAACCAUUCCAGAAUAUAUCUUAAACCUUCCCAAUGACGUCAUGAGCAGCCCGAUGGGUGCUCUCAUGUUGCCAAUGAUCCAACAGAUGGAAUCCACAUUAAGAGCAGGUGCGGUUCCACAAGCACCCAUGUUUAAACCAUCAGCAGUUGCCGCUAGUGUCACCACCCCUUCUCAGCCAGAAAACGCUAGAAGCAAAAAGACUCUACCCGAAGACACAAAAAUGCAGGGUGUUGAUUCUGGGGUGCAAAAUGCUAAGAGAGAAGGUGCAGUGUCUCAUGCAGCAUCUGCCAGUGUUGCCGUGGAUCCACUUGGAGAUGCUAGGAGCAAGAUACAAGAUGAGAUUGCAAAAGAAUUUGCUGCAAUUAUGGCAACUGGGACGCUGCGUGCUAGUGAGGCUGCGGCUUUGGCAACUAAAAAAGUGAUGCAAAAAUAUGGACACACCAAUGCUGCACCCAGCUAAGAUACAAAAUUUAUUGAAAUUACUUUAAAUAGGACAAAAAACGUUCCUAUAUUUCAAAAUAGGACUAGUGUUUUUUUUCCAAAAUAGGACUAAUUACUGCUAUGUUUUGGUAGUACCAAACUUUAAACAUGGCGGUAUUUUCCAAACUUGUCGGUAAUUACUCCUAUUUUGGGAUUACAAACAUGACAGUCCUAUUUUGGAACAGUCAAAACUUUUUUACUCCUAUUUCAAGAAUUUCCCCAAAACUUAUCAUUAUUUUAGUGUGUAUUUCACAACUAUAACUAUAUUGCUGAUGGAUAUUCAAAUUGAUGGAUUUACCGAAAGCAGGAUUGGGUAUGUUAUUUGAAGGCAAUCACUUCAACACUAUUACCCCUCUUUAAAAAAUGUUGAAGUUCUCUUUUGUCGUUUA